CGGCCCGUCCUACCGGCCCGCUGUUGUCCCGUCGCGCUGCCCGUAACCUAUAAAAAGCUGGGACGGAGGAACUCGGGCGGCUCGUGGCCAGCGGAGGACUUUUAAAAUGGACGACGAGAGCGACCAGGAGACCACGAUCGAGGACGACUACUACACGUUCCUGAACAUCCCGAGAAAUGCCAGUCCCGAGGACAUCAGCAAUGCGUACCGCAGGCUCAGUAGACUCUACCAUCCGGACAAGCACACGGAGCCGACGCUCAAGAGGGAAGCGGAGAUACUUUUCAAUCGCACGAAGAAGGCUUACGAAGUGUUGAACGAUCCGCAUCAGAGGGCGAUUUACGACUCGCUGGGAAUCCGUGGGCUACAGACGGAAGGAUGGGAGAUUGUGCAGCGCACGAAAACGCCUCAGGAGAUACGCGAGGAGUACGAGAGGCUGGCGAGGGAGCGGGAGGAGAGGCGGCUGCAGCAGCACACCAACCCCAAAGGCACUGUAACGGUAAACAUCAAUGCCACCGAUCUUUUCAGUAAAUACGAUGAAGAUUACAACGAUGGCAGCGGGCUGUUCUCGUGCAUCGAAGUCAGCGGGAUGUCGUUCGCGCAAUCUAUCGAAGCGCCGCUCACCCUCAGGGACACCGUGACUAUGUCCGGUCAGCUAGGGACCCAGAACGGCACGGGUUCCGGGUCCAUCAAUGUCUCGGCGAAGCGGCUGAUAUCUUCGAAGGGUUGGGUCGAGGUCGAGGUCGGGGCUGGCAACGGCCCGACGUUCUCCCUCAAGGCGUUCCGCACGUUGACAAAACGGUUGUUUUGCGACGGGGCGGCGAUACUGCAAUUCACCGCGCACGGCGUGAAAGCUGGCUACGUUGGGACUCUUGCGAUGCAAUUGGAUAAGCAUACGGUGGGAUACCUCACGUACAGAGCUGGCAUUCAAGACGCCAUGAGCACCAUGAUUGUGAGAGACACGUCUCGAUCGUACACGGCGUUUUCUAUACAUUUCGGACUCCUACAUUCUUUCGUCAGUCUCAACUACACGUAUAAGAUGGAAGAGAAGCAACUCAAGCUACGUGGUAGUGUCAAAGCCGGAACGUUUGGUGCAUUUCUCGAAUACGGCGCGGAGAAGAAGGUCUCCAAACAUAGCUCGGUCUCGGCGGCUGUACGCAUCGGCGUCCCAACUGGCGUCACGUUGAAACUUAGACUGAGCCGCGCUUCGCAGGCGUACACGUUCCCUAUCCAUCUGUGCGACGAGGUUCUUCCAGCUCCGGUCUUUUACGCCACCGUGGCACCUAUAAUAACUUGGACGGUCAUUAAGAAGCUCAUAAUCGACCCCGUCGUGAAGGAGCGAACAGAACGCGAGAAGGAGAAACAGAGAGAGUUGAACAAGUCCAGAAUGAUGGAGAAGCAGAGGGAAGCCAAGGCGGCCACCGAACUGAUGAAGGAAACAGUCAGCAGGAUAAGAUCCGAGGAGGAAUCCAAGAAAGGACUAAUUAUUACCAAAGCAUUGUACGGUCGAUUCGUUUAUCCUCAACAGGAUCGAGCUGCUACGGAGGAGGGCGGACACAGAGAUGAAGUGAUAGACGUAACGAUUCCUUUGCAAUGUUUAGUCAAGGAUUCCAAACUGAUCCUUCACAAGGCAUCCAAGAGCCAACUACCUGGAUUUUAUGAUCCAUGUGUGGGAGAAGACAAGCAGCUUUUAGUACAGUAUCUCUUCCAUACUCAAACUCAUGAAUGCGUUAUACAGGAUGAUGCGCCUCUUAGGAUACCAGUCUCAUCACACAAAGUAAACACCACUUGACAUACAGAUUCAACAUUGAAACCAAGAACCAGUCGUCGCAGUUCCCGCCAAUGAUCAGCGUUAUUUUGGUGUAGAUUUGUUCAUUUUUACAGGUUUAAUUUUACAUAAAGGAUAAAAAGAAAUACCAAGUGUUCGUUGAUCCUUAAGCUUUGUACAUUAAUGUCAUUCUCAGUAAUAUUUUACUAUUUGAAAAUUCUAGUGAUAUUUUUAAUAUAUUAAGUAUUUCGCGGUUUUUCUCGAGAACAGUAUAAAAGUAUAGAAAAGAAUUAAUCCUACAUAGAUUCAGCUCCGUUGUGCUCGUGAAAUGGUUUUAGUCGUCGGACGUACCAAAAUACACUAUCAUUUCGCUAAUCGACAUCGUAUUCCAAAGACUUUAGAAAGAGCAAAACUCAACCCAAACGCAAACUAUUUACUGCCCCUAGAAAUGUAAUGUUAUACACACAUACCACUCUGAAAUAGCCAAUGUAUUUUAAUUCCAAGGAUCUCUGAGCAGUCAUCUAAAGAUCGUCGCGAUUAAAAUCAGCCAUAGCUGCAUACGUAUGCAGAGAAAGACAUUUGUUAAUUGCACAACCGAUCACUGGAUUUACACCGGAGUUAAAGUAUUAGCGUACGCGAUUUACUCCUGUACAAAAUAGAUAUCGUAUCAGACGAUGAGGUGUAUAUAAUUAUAUACAUAACUUGGAGAAAAAUUAUGUAUAUAAUUUAUAAUAAUAUAAAACAGAUAUCUAUAUAUCCAUCUAUUCUAUAUACCUAUGUGAAAAAUAUUUGUAUGUAUAUUUACAAGUAGGGACUAUAAAUAGCUCGAUAUUAUAUCACGAAAUAAAGUUGCUUGUUGAGU